UCCUCCUCGUCUGCAACACCAAAGGAAAAUUACAAUGGCUCUGAGUGCUCUGAUGAAGUCAGCCGUAGUGCUGGGAGUGAUGUACAGAGCUGUGGCUGACGGAGGCUACGGCUCUCACGGAGGAGGAUUUGGAGGCGGUGUUUCCGGAGGCUUCGGAGGAGGAAGUCACGGUGGCGUUGGAGGAGGCCUCGGCGGAGGCAGCUUCAUCGGAGGAGGCGGAGGCCACGGCGGCUACGGUGGAGGCGUUGGCGGCGGCAGCGUCGUCCGAGCACGUCUGGUCGGAGUCGGCGUCCUCCCCUCGGUCGGAGGCGGCUACGGGGGCGGUGCCGUCGGAGGCCACGGCGGAGGCGCUGGAGGCUUCAUCGGAGGUGGCAGCAGU